GCUCUGCACCGUUGCGAGCCAUGGGCCUGCUGGAGCUGUGCGAGGAGGUGUUCGGCACCGCCGACCUCUACCAAGUGCUGGGCGUGCGGCGCGAGGCCUCGGACGGCGAGGUCCGGCGCGGCUACCACAAAGUGUCCCUGCAGGUGCACCCGGACCGGGUGGGCGAGGGCGACAAGGCGGACGCCACCCGCCGCUUCCAGAUCCUCGGGAAGGUCUACGCGGUUCUGAGUGACAGCGAGCAGAGAGCACUGUACGACGAGCAGGGGACCGUGAGCGAAGACUCGGACGUGCUCACCCAGGACCGGGACUGGGAGACCUACUGGAGGUUGCUCUUCAAGAAGAUAUCUCUAGAGGACAUCCAGGCAUUUGAAAGGACGUACAAAGGAUCAGAAGAAGAGCUGGCUGAUAUCAAACAGGCAUAUCUGGACUUUGAGGGGGACAUGGACCAGAUCCUGGAGUCCGUGCUGUGUGUGCAGUACACAGACGAGCCCAGGAUAAGGAGCAUUAUUCAGCAAGCCAUCGAUGCCAAAGAGGUGCCUGCCUUCAAGGCCUUCGUCAGAGAAUCAAAGCAGAAGAUGAAUGCGAGGAAAAGAAGGGCUCAGGAAGAGGCUGAAGAAGCAGAGAAGACCCGGAAGGAGUUGGGACUAGAAGAAGGAGUGGACAGCCUGAGAGCGGUCAUCCAGAGCAGACAGAAGGAUCGACAAAAGGAAAUGGACAGUUUUCUGGCUCAGAUGGAAGCAAAGUACUGCAAACCUUCCAAUCGAGGAGGGAAAAAAACAGCUGCCAAGAAAGGAAAGAAAUGAAUUUUCUACUCAGAAGUCCUCAAAUGUUAGUUGGCGACAUGUAGGCAAGAUGCAGUCACGAUCUGAAGGCGAGUCAACUCACUCUGAGAAAAGGUGCUUUUCCAGCCUGUAUGAUUUAGAUUGGCUUUGAAAACCAAGAAGGAGCUCUGAAUCUGACUUGAGUAAUCCUAAGAAUCCGAGUCUGAGGCCAUACUGGGAAUUUGGUGAUAGUUAAGGGGGAAUACUUCCCGAUAGCACUUGUGUCUCUGAAUCUGUACCUGGAAGUUUACAGGGAUGUGGGUCUGUCCAUACUGCCUGGAAAAGUUAGCAUUCAGGAGCAAGAUGCAGAGAAUUCUGAAUAAUGUGCAUAUUUAUUCAAACAAGUUUUUACCUAGUUAGAAUACCUUCAAAACAUUUGCUAGACUUCUGUCUUCUACUAACACUUGGUAGUUUUCCUACAGUUUAAUGAUCAUAAAUAGACAUUAUCUCCUUUCUCUUUCACUCAGUCAGGUUUUGUACUCUUUACUUGAUGUAUCGGAGGUACCCAGAGUACUUCCAAGUAUUUUUGUAAGACUUGUACAUGAAUAAAUAAGUAACAAAAAUAUGACUGCUAGGAUCUGGGAGCUUUUAAAAUAAUUGUUAUAAUGAUCACUUAAAAAGACCUGCAGAGAGACCGGAGGGAUAGAAACAACAGCCAGUGGGGCCCUUGCCUGGCAUGUGGUCAGUCCGGGUUCAAUUCCCAACACCCCAUAUGGUCCCCUGAGCACUGCCAGGAGUAAUUCUGAGUGUAGAGCCAGGACUAAGCCCUUGAGCACAGCUGGAUAUGGCACCAAAACAAAAAAAUUUAAAUGACCUAGAAAAAAAAAACCCGCAUUUUUGAUUUGUCUCAACUGGUCCACAGAUUGAGGCUAAUCUGCAGAUGCAAAAAAAACAUAAAGCAGAAAAAUCUUAGUAGAUGACCUGAUUUAAGUAGCAUAGAGUUGGGUGUUUGGCCUGGCUGUAACUCCUGAACAAGCUUAAUUCACUGAACUUCUCUGAACUUGUUUCCUCAUUUAUAAAAGCUGAGGGAUCUGGGAAGAUGCCAUUUGAGAAUCCCUUUCCAAUCCAGCUCUAACUUUCAAAAGGAAACUGUCUUGAUCCAAUAAUUUGUUAUCAUGCAUAUUCACGGUAUUGAUUUGUGAAAAUAGUACUAAUUUAUGUUUUUUAGGUUGGUUUGAAUUUUGUUAGAAUAUUUGGAAGAUUUUGGGGACUGUUCAACUUAAAAUAUUUGUAAACUAAUCAAUAUCAUGCAUAAAACAAGUUGAUCACUGAACUUUGUGUAUCAUAAUUUAUCAAAGCACUUGACACGUUUCAGUUGCAUUACAAACAAGUUAAAAAUACUCUUUAAUUAUAUUAAAAAUAUAAAUUAAUACAAGUUGCCUGAAGCAUGCCUUCAUAUGAUAACAUUAGAACAAUGAUAUAUUUUUUAAGCAUUGCCCCGAUUUAUGAUUUGAAUUUA